AAGUUUUAGUCAAGUAGGGGCAUACGGCCCAUUAUUUUUAUUUUGUAGGCGUACGACAAUCCUAUCAUUAUUUGGGAUGGUUGGGUGUGGUGCUGUUUUGAUAUUCAGAUUGAUUCAUUUGAUAUCAAUGUUCAACGUAUACUGACAAGACGACAAGUGACAUGUUGUUUGGAAGUGAAAAACUCAUUUUGCAGCAGAGCUGGUGCCAGACAGCUCACAGCUUUAAGAUAAAUGUUGUUGCCCAUUCCCACCUCACUUGUCAGCUAUGCCCAGUGCAGGGCACUGCAUACCAGUGCUAGCCUGCUUGGAAAGAGGAAUUUCAGGAAGUUUCUGCUUGGACCCAAGGCAGGAACUCUUGCCUUUAAGAAUGAGAGAGCAAAAGAAGUUUCAUUUAGGAAAAAGUUUCCUGAUAUUGACAUACCAGACUACGGCACCCGUCCGACGGGCGCCCACCGACUCGGGGACAGCACCUUUAUCACCGUGCCCGAGAUGAUCCCCGAACUGGUGGUGCCCGACCUCACCGACUUCAACCUGAAGCCCUACGUCUCCUACCGCUGUCCCGAGGUGGUCCAGGAAGAGUUCACCGCGCGAGACCUCUUCAACGCCGUCUACAGCGACAAGAUCACGGCCGACUUCGAGCGCGGUGCGCUGACCGAGGGCGGCCAGCCGCGCGAGCCCAGCGCCGAGGAGGCUCUGACCCCCGAGAGCGCGCGGCAGCGGGCGCGCGGCGUCCACACCGACAUCUGGGAGAAGUGAGACGCGCCGCGCCCAGGGACGGCGGGGGAGGGGGUCUGACGGCGGUCAGUCAUGGUGAGAGCGUUUUAUAGCGAUUAGUGUGUUUUGAUUUUGCAAUAAUAUGUCUAUUG